AACAAAAAACAGUCGGUUUAUGGGUAAAACUCAGUUUACUCUUUGUUCCAUUUCCAAAAAAAUCAGAAGAAAUUACAAUGCUAGUGGUCUAUCUCCAGAGAUGGAACACAUGCAUCCCUACUUUUGGCACUGACCAAUAGGAAUCGAGUAUUCACUGGAGUUGGAACACAUGCUUUCCAAAUAAAUUGUUAUUGUUUGUUUAUACAAAUAUACAGUUAAUUCAGUCUUCAGUCCUUCUGCAGACAUUGCGAGAAUGGGUUAUGUUCUUAUGAGUUAAAUGUUGGUAACUUUUCUGUUAUUUAACAUAAUGUCGAAACUAGAUGAAGAAAAUAUUAUGUCCCUAUUAAAUGACGAAUUCCUCAUGGAAAGUGACAUUGAAGAUGACCCAGGAUUACCUGACACCGCCAAUUCAAAUCACAAUGAUAAUUGUGUCAUUAUAGACGAUAUCCAAGUUGGUGAAGAAGUUACGCUUUUAGUUGAUGGUUCUGGUGUCUGUAGUAUCUAUAAUGCAGAACGUGAAAGCAAAGUGAAUGAUGAAGAGGCUGUUGCUAGUUUGAGCAUUGAUAACAGUGUUAAUGCUACCGGUAUGGAAAUAGGCCUAAGUGACUCCCCGAACAUUGAUAACAGUGAUAGUGAUAUGGAAAUAAGUGACUCACCAGGAAGUGAGAGUGAUGAAAUGUGUGACCAAGGAAAAAAAGUUAGGAGCCGAAAAAGAAACGUCUGUAGGAAGAACUGGAAAAUGGAAGUAAGGAAGAGAAAAAGACAGAGUGGAAAAGAAUAUGAAGAUAGAAAAGGAAAGGUUCACAGAGCUAGACGGAUUCAAGGUGAUUGCAAAGGAGCAUGCAAGUUUAAAUGUGACACACAAGUUAGUGCUGAUGAAAGAAAACAAAUUCACGACAAAUUCUGGUCCCUCAGUGAUACAGGUAAAAGUCAUUUUUAUAGUAAGUUUGUCGAAAGACACACUAAGCAAAGGUCUCGUACAUUACACGAAAAUAAUAGGAAGUUUUCUUAUUUCUACUACUUGGGAACUGAAAAAGAUAUGCGCGUUAGAGUGUGCAAAGAAUUUUUCUUUAAAACUUUGGACAUAAGUCAAAGGAGGAUAUAUUACUUUUUUCAGAAUGUGUAUGAUUCUCAAACAGGUACGGCCCGAUCCCCUUUAAAAGGUAAAAAUACUAAAAGUCAUAUUGACGAUGAGUUGAAGGAAAAGGUUCGUGACCACAUUAACUCGUUUCCCCGCAUAGAGGCUCAUUAUUGUCGAAAAGAUAGUACCAAAGAAUACCUAGAAGGGGAUUUAUCUCUGGCUGAAAUGUAUCGACUUUACUCAGCAUCAGUAGAAAAUCCAGUAAAAGAGUCACUCUAUAGGCAUAUUUUUAACCAUGAGUUCAAUUUAGAGUUUUUUAAGCCUAAAAAAGAUCGCUGCGACACUUGUGAAGCUUUUAAAUGUAAUCUGGAACCGAGUCAGGCAGAAACAGAAAGAUUUAACUUACACAAAACAGAAAAGGAUGCAGUCAAACUUGUUCGAGACAAAGACAGAGCUGUGUCAAUAAAAGCUGUAAAUGACUCAAAUACCUGCUUUAUAGCUUUUGACUUGGAAAAUGUUUUUGCUCUUCCAAAGGCCGAAGUUUCAAACUUUUUUUAUAAAAGAAAGUUAAAUUGCUACAAUCUUACAGCACAUGUAACAUACAAGGGCCAAAUAGAAUUAUAUUGUAUGGUUUGGCAUGAGUUGAUUUCAGGUUGA